UCCUUGUACAUUUUUACUUGCAUUAAACAACCAGCAGUUAAAUCGAACACAAGUUCACGUUCCAUCAACAACAAUAUCAACAAAACAUUUACAUUUUUAUAGUUUAGCCAGGAACAUUUUAUCUAACAUGGCUGAUGUAGUUCAUCCUGUCGUCAUUGAUAAUGGAUCACAUACAUGUAAAGUUGGUUUUGGAGGUGAUCAUGAACCAAGAAUUGCCAUUUCUUCAGAUGCUGAUUAUCCCAGAGAUCAGAGUGAAAUGAUUGGAGAUGAACUCAAAGACUACAAUGUUAUAAAUAAAUUUGGAUACAAUACAAGUGUUCUUAACUUGAAGCAUCCCAUUGAACGUGGUGUCAUUACCAACUGGGAUGAUAUGGAGAAGAUUUGGUUGCAUGCAUUCAAAGAGUUGAAAGUUGCACCUGCAGAAAGCUCUGUCUUGUUGACUGAAGCUGUUUUUAACCCCAAGGACAACAGAGAAAAGAUGGCCGAAAUUAUGUUUGAAAAGUUUAACACUCAUGCAUUAUGUAUUGCUGAUCAGACUUUACUGUCCCUUUUGGCUUCUGGUCGUAUCACAGGUAUGUCUGUGAAUGUAGGUCAUGGCAUCACCCAAAUUGUCCCUGUCUAUGACGGGUCAAUUAAACGAGAAGCUGCUGUCCAGUGGGAUUUUGGUGGUGUGGACAUGACAGAUUACCUUACGAGUAUGUUGACUGAACGUGGUUAUUCCUUUGACAGUCCUUCUCAGAUGGAAACUGUCCGUAACAUCAAAGAGAAGUGUUGUUAUGUUGCUCUAGACUUUGAACAGGAAAUGCAGACUGCAGCCUCUGAGAAAUAUAAAUUACCUGACAAGCAAGACAUUACCAUUGGCAAUGAACGAUUCCAAACCCCAGAACUUCUGUUCCAGCCAGGUUUAAUUGAUAAGGGCUCUGAUGGCAUUCAUAAACUGAUUUAUAACUCAAUCAUAAAAUGUGAUAGGAAUAUUAGAACACCACUAUUUAAGAACAUCAUAUUGUUUGGUGGCUCAACAAUGUUCAAAGAUGUUGUUUACCGCAUGAUAAUUGAAAUGAGAUCUAUUGUAGCACCUACCACGAGUUUUCAUAUUGUUGCUCAACAAUUUCGUGAUAAUUCUAUGUGGAGGGGUGGUGCUCUGUUAACUUCUCUGUCUACCUUCAUGGAUCAGUGCAUUCGCAGAGAAGAAUAUUAUGAACAUGGCUCAUAUAUUCUCCAUAGAAAGUAUAGGUGA